AUGAACUCGAGUGAGCUCUCGCAUGCGCCUUUGCGUCGACGACCAAGGAUCAGCAGCGUGACCUCUUCUGCUUCACCACUCGAAACGACCUCGACAUCAACUGCGUUCACGCCGUCUCGCCAGUCGUACCCUGGAGCACAACCGCCACCGCCACUACCAACAACGCGUUCAGCUGUCCACGUAUCUCACUCAACUCGACGAGCUUCAAUGGCAUUGACUGUCCCAGUGCCACUACAAAACGCUUUCGAUCAUGGACCUCCAAAAGGUACUGAAGCCGAGGCAGCAGCAAUGGUGUUGACCAGGAGGAUCAACGAUGGCAACGGUGAAGAAGAGCGACUGCAGCGCAACAAUAACUUGGUCACUUUUGAUGGAUGCGACGAGCAGAGCCAAAGGCCAAGUACGGGACGAGCUGAACGGUCGCUGAUUGCAAUACCGAGCUCCAGUCGUUCAGAAAGGGCUCGUGAUGAGAGCAGGGAAUUGCGUGAGCUGAUGGAGGGACUUGCAAGAGCACCUUUGCGCAGUCGGUGCUCGAGCGGGCAGUCUAGUGGGGCUCCACCCACUGAGAAAGUUGAUAUUUAG